GAUAGUUGUCUUUCGUAAGUUGCGGAACUUGCGAUUGGAUCGAACUCGUCGACGCCAUGAUAUCCCGGCUCUGAUACCACUUGUUCCUAGAAUGAACACAUUCUAGAACAAGUUUAAUAUCCAACAGCGCUUUCUAUCUUGAGUUUUCCGGGAAAAAUGGGUGAAGAAGCUCGAGUUCUGGAGAUGGCGAUGAGCGAGGAGAACUCAACGAGUCGAAACGGUUUCGUUCAAGGCGUGAUCGUGGACGUAUUCCCGCUUAGCCGCUACUACUUCGGUUGCCGAGGUGCUCUUCCCGUGAAGGACGAGACUCUAUCUGAUCGCGUCGACAGAUUGAAAUCAAAUUAUGCUGCUCAUGGGUUGAGAACUUGUGUCGAAGCUGUUCUUCUGGUUGAGCUGUUCAAACAUCCACAUCUGUUGCUACUUCAGUUUAGGAACUCUGUCUUUAAGCUUCCAGGUGGUCGCUUGAGACCCGCAGAAUCUGAUAUCGAAGGACUGAGACGGAAACUUUCAUCAAAGCUCUCAGUCGAUGAAGAUGCCAUUGUCCCGAGUUGGGAGGUAGGAGAAUGCAUCGGGAUGUGGUGGAGACCUGAUUUCGAGACAGUGAUGUAUCCGAUCGUGCCACCCAAUGUAAACCGACCAAAGGAAUGCGUUAAGCUAUUCCUAGUGAGGCAACCAGUGACUCAGAAGUUUUUUGUGCCUAAAAACUUCAAGCUCCUUGCUGUUACGUUGUGCCAGAUUCACGAAAACGCAAAGACAUAUGGGCCGAUAAUAUCGGAGAUCCCUAAGCUUCUUUCCAAGUUCUCCUUCAACAUGAUGCAGAUCUGAAGGCAAUUCCAUAUGUGUGUGUGUUGAAGAAGCUUCGACCUCGUAUGUUUGGUGAUAUCCUUAUAGGCCCUUUGUGUAUGAUAGUUGUAUAGGAAUUGGCAUAGCGUGUAACCUUUGUGAAGGACUUGAUCUUGUUGGUGAGAUAUGGAAAGCUUUUUGCAGUUCAAUAAUAUAUAUUGAAAUGAAACCCAAACGCCAAAACUGCAAACGGGCAAAGAGCGUUUCACGAUGCGUUUG